UGUGCUCUUGCGAUGGCGACGCCCAGCGAGCUGUCGCUCGAAGAGAUUCGCAAGUAUUUGCUGGACAACGGGGGAACGGCCCGUAACCACGACCUGGUCAAGCACUUCAAGAAGUUCCUGACGGACCCCGAGACGCGAGUCGAGGCCCGCAACAAGUUCAAAGAGUACGUCAACUCCCUGGCCACCAUCAGGAACGAGGAGGGUGAAAAGUACCUAGUCCUGAAAAAAAAGUACCGACAUGCUCCGCUCUCGACUUCGACGUCGUCCUCGUCCCUGACCGAAUCUGGGCUUCCGAUUCCAAGCAGUCCUUCGACGCCUCUUUCGCCUCUUCGCGAGCCGCCUCCUUACAGACCGCCGCCACCGGCCGCAGCGAGUCCAUCUUCAGGAUCGGCGGAUCCUCGGGAUCGGCAGGAUCUGGGAGGAGAUGAUGGAUCGGGAAAAGUCGUCGAGGAAAAUCAGUCCGUGUCCUCGCCGCCGAUUCCUCCGCGUCGUAAGAGUCAGGACAAGCUUCGAAUCGAGAACAACAACAAGGAGAACGUCCUGCCGGAAGGCGAGAAAAUCGUCGACGAUGAAACCGCCGUGGGGGAGGACGGUGGUCCCGCUUCUUCGACAGCCUCGGCUGAACAGCUGAGCGUCCGCGAACGAAUGCAGCGAUUCAACAGGAUGGCUAGCGAGACCGAUAUUCAGGGCCCAGUCAAUGGCUCGACCACACCAAAUAAGAAACGCUCCGACAAGGGAACCGACGAAGAUGACAGGGCCUCCGUUGCUUCGCAAUUGGAUGGAAAGUCAAGGGAAUGGCUCGUACGUGCUGCUCAGGGCGAUUACCAGACACUCGCCAAACUUGCUGCCGAAGAACCACGUCUCGCCAGGCUCAGGGAUCCAUCUUCCUAUACUGCGUUGCACUGGGGUGCGAAACACGGGAACGAGGACAUCGUUAAACUCAUCGCCGGUACCUACAAGGACUACAUCAAGAGUGUCAACGAGACCACGAAUGGGGGAUACACGCCGCUGCACAUAGCGAUGCAGUUCGACCACGAGAACAUCUUUAAUCUUCUGGUCCAAGUGUACGGGGCGAAUCAGGACGUUCGUGACUACAGCGGUAAAAAGGCGAGACAGUACCUGGCGUCGCAGGAGGCGGCGGUGAGCCAGGACACCUUCCGCAAAAUAAAAGCAAGGAAAAAACAUGCAGAGAAAGAUAUUGGUUUCCUACGAAUUGGCUCAUUGAACGUCCGCGUGAAACGGACGACGGAAGCCUUCAGCCAAUUCCUGGGUGUGGCGACUAGCAACGCCAGCGCUACCAACGAAAAGAUUCACAAAAGUUGGGGAUCCGCCGACAAUAUACAGACGGAACACAAAGUUAUGCCGCCACCAAAAUACGCACCGAUUAAGAAGCGUCGAAGCAGACGAGCCCAGGAUUUCAAUUCGCAUCAAAGAAAUAACAAUCCUCAUCCCCAGGGACACGGCCAAGUUACCGAUCCUCCGCAACGCGGAUUGACACAACAGCCACCUCCAGUUACCAAUGUUGAAGUAACUUCGCCCCCGCCUCAAAACGAUUCAGAUUCCGACAACGCUUGCGGGUUCGAUUCCGCGUGGCGUGGUUCCGCGCUGAUGUAAAAUUUUUCGCUUUUGUCGCAUUGUCUGCUUUCUUUGACCAUAGUUCUUUGUUUUUGUCUUGCAUCAGUUUUUUUUUUAUAAUAUAUGUAUUGGUUAUUUCUUAUAAUUGGUAUUGGGAAAAGGUGUUGAAUCAUCACAUGAUUUUCAAUCUUGAAUUAUUAUUGUUAAUGUAAAUACGUAUAAUAUCGAUUAUCACAACUGCAUGGUUCGGAGACGCCAUAUUCAUAUUCUGCGUACAUAUAACGAUUAAUUUAUUGAAUUAUAUAUUUGUAAAUUUAUAUUUUUGUGAAUGUUUUCGUCGGAUUACUAAUCAUGCACUACGGUAUAACCGAGCUUGUAAUGUUCAUUCUAUUUUUAUCAACUUGUAAUGUAAAGAAAUAUAAUGUUAUCAAUUAA